AGCACGCCGCGUCGCCUCUCGCUCUCUCUACUGAUUGUUGUUGCUCCUCCCCUGCAGCGCACCACACACUUUUCCUUCCAGCCCACAAAACAGCAGGUCUCAAUUACUUAUUGUGCUGUCUCGGCGGUAGAUAUGAAAGGCAUCCGUUUCCUGCGCUGCGCGGCGGGUGCGGCGGGAAGCGGUUGUGGGGCGGCAUUCGCCACAGCGGACAGCGCUGCUUCCUCGUCCGCUGCCGCCAGUGCCGGCUCGAGCACCUCCGGCUCUUCAACGUUAUCAUCGGCGAACAGCACUCUCCAUUCUUUUCGCACGCGCGACAUCACCCUGCGCAUCCCCAGCAAAGAUCACCUCGUGCGCGUCUCUUUCUGCUCCACGCGCUACCUCUUAGCAGAGACGAUACGUCGCCACAGCCUUCUCCGUGUUACCGGGGCCAACCUUCCGUUUCUGCAGCUGCUCGGCACGCAGCUCACCUUCACCAACCUCCUGGCGUCUGCGCAGGAGGGCGAAGAGCGAGUGGAGACCCGCCUCACCUCGGACGAGGCGACCAUCCUGACCGAGGCGCUGGCGCUGGGGGAGUGCCGCUGCUACCUUCGACCGGAGUACAACGCCCAACUGGAAGCGGAGGGGCAGCCCACCUUUCCCCUCCGCGUGAACCGCAUCCUGUACCGCCAGCGGGCGCCGUUCUCCUCUCUCGUACACGCCGACCUUGCGGAGUUACUGCAGCCCCCCAUCCCUACCUCUUCUGAUGGUCACGUGAAGGAUGCCGAAGGCGGUGCCGUCGAUCACACAGUGCCUUUCUCGCUGUUCACGCCGACCAUGGUGAGUCGGGUGCCGCUGGACGCGUGGACCAACUUCUUUGCGUACAACAGCACCCUGCACGCCUACAACUAUCUCCGCCGCUCCGAUGGCUGCGUGCCGGCGGUAUGGCUGCACACGGCGCUCGAUGCGGCAGUGUUGCGUGCGGAUGACCUCCUAGACGCCGAUGGCACACCUCUUUCGAAUCCCCACGUAAAGGCUGAUGUGAAAAGCCCUGAUAGCAAGGAGGCCGAGAAGGUGGCGGAGGCUCAGGCGCAGGCGCUGCAGCGCACCCUGCGUCACGCCAUCCCCCACAGCUUUGGUGUCAUCGUCACGCCCCUCGCCGCGGGAGACGCGGUGGAGCGGCAGGUGGGUCAGCUGAAUCGGGUGCUGAUGGAAGCCGCGGUCCUCCUGCACGCCCCGCCGACCAGUGGCCGCAACGCCUCUUCUGACAGUGGUGGUGCGGCGGCGUCUGCCUCGCCUCUUCAGUCGCUCUUGGAACGGUGCAAGGAGAAGCACACGACGUGUCAGCACAUUCUGUCCCUCCUGACCGGCGACCACGAAGGGGCACACGCGUCGGCCGUAGCGGCGCGGCAGUACAGCGAGGACCCUGCGCAGGUGGCGGCUGUGGUGGAUCCCAUUCGUCGUGCGAUGGGCGUUGCUGACUUUGUGCUUCCCCUCGCUGCGACGGAGGCGGUGCGCACCGGCCUUGACUUUUUCUGCCGUUGUUCGAAGCAGAACAUCGUCUCGUCGCUUACGGCCGCCCCUGCCAGUGCGCUAACGUCGCUGAAGGAGAACGACGGCGUCGUGAACUGCUCCUUCUGCGGUAAGCACUACCAACUGACAGUCGAAGAUUGGGCCGAGUUGGAGAAGGCGCGUGCGGCGCCACCUGCACCGCCUUCUCGGUGA